AUGGCGGACGAGAAGACCUUCCGCAUCGGCUUCAUCGUGCUGGGGCUCUUCCUGCUGGCCCUUGGCACGUUCCUCAUGAGCCACGACCGGCCCCAGGUCUACGGCACCUUCUAUGCCAUGGGCAGCGUCAUGGUGAUCGGGGGCGUCAUCUGGAGCAUGUGCCAGUGCUACCCCAAGAUCGCCUUCAUCCCUGCUGACUCUGAAUUCCAAGGCGUCCAGGCCCCGAAGCCGCCGGGCUUGCUGGAGAAUGCACUCGCUGCGGACAUGAAGAGCACCCAGCCCGCCUACGUAAGGCUGUGGGAGGAAGCCGCCUAUGACCAGAGCCUGCCAGACUUCAGCCACAUCCGGAUGAAGGUCUUGGGCUACAGUGAGGACCCUCGCCCCCUGCUGGAGCCAGGACGGCAGCGGCCGGAAGCCAGCGGGAGAGGGGAAGGUGGCCCCCAUGACGCUCAGGCCUGGAUGGAGGCUGCCGUGGUCGUCCACAGGGGCUCGGAUGAGGAUGAAGGAGAAAGAAACCCAACCCAGAGCAGUCCCAGCUCCCCAGCUGGUCCCCAAGGCCCUGCACCCUUGGCUUCCUUCCAAGAUGACCUGGAUGUGGGCUCCAGUGAGAGUGGCAGCCCCGCCCCCUCUCCACCUGAGAGGGAGGAGCCUGGCCCCCUGCCAGGGGAGCCCUGGGCCUGCCGGUGCCAGCUGGACCACUUCCAUGACUUUGCUCUGAUCGAUGCCCCCACAUCAGAGGACACAUCUCCAGAGGGGCAGUGGCGGGACGCAGCCCUGCCCGGCCACUGGCAGCCGUCCCCGAGGACGAAAGAGGAGGAGGCAGCUUCGGACACAGGCGCAGAGGAGCCGGAGCAGGAGGAGGAGGACUUGUACUAUGGGCUGCCGGACAGCCCUGGAGACCCCCUCCCAGACAAGGAGCUGGGCUUUGAGCCUGAUGCUCAGGGCUUGGAUGGAACUGUCCCUGGGUACUACUAG